CUUUUGACAGCUCAGUUGUCAGUCGCUGUAGAUAGGGGUGUCCACAAAAACAUGUAAAUUAUUCUAUGGAGUUAAUGGAAUAUAUCUUAUUGUAUAACAAAAAUCUCCAUAGCUAAUGAGACUUAGGAGCCCUGGAGCUCUGGGGAUUCGACUCUGGGAUCAGACAUCUCCAUGAAUGCAAUUUCAGCGUCGUGACACAAGAUGGCGCCUCAUUAGCGCAAGUGUUUUUUUUUAAAUAUGAGUGAAGAAGAACGGCUCCUCGUCACCGUGGCAACAGCUGCUUAGCGCUAACGGUAAACAACAUGGCGGCGAUGGUGUGAUGGAGAUCUGGUUUGAGCUUUUUUUCUCUACACGUGCAGUGAUUUAUCUUUGAGAUUUUGUAUUGAAGGAGGCAGGGUAAGAGGACAUAUUCGAAUAAAAUGAAUCUACCGUAGCGGAAAAGCACAGUUAAAAGAGCUAACUAGCAUGUUUGUUUAACUACAAGUGUGAGUGAAGAGCAGAGAUUGGGAAAUGGGAUCGGGGAUGGGUUCUGCUGUCUGAUUAAUAUGGAACAGAAUCAGGUGCUCACGGUGACUUCUUGGGUUGAGUUUAGGUUUUCAGGAGGAAAUAAAGGUGCAUGCUGCAGGUUUAAUUGCUGCCACGAAUCCCUGAAGUCUGAUGAGAGGAGAUAAAACGCGCGAUCUCGAAAAUGUCGGAGUGGAAACGAAUUUUCGAUCAAAACCGAGCGAUUCCUCCUCCUAACCAAACUGCCAGGCUAGCACAGGCCCAGAGCCAGGCUUUCAGACUCGUGCUCAAAAGACUGGACGGGCUUCAAUUGACCCAGGCAGAGGAUGUGAGACCAGACAGAUUCGAGCUACACGUCUCCCUGUUUGACAACAAUCUCCAUCGAUUCUUUGGAAGGACUUGGAAAAGUAAACCACACCAGGCCACUAAGCGAAAUCAGGAACAACCCAGCAAAGUGCAUUUUAAUGAGGUUGUAUACUUCCACACGCCUCUAUGUUUGGCUUCAGUGGUGGCUGUCGUGGAGCUGGUUUCCUUCUUUCCUGGGACAGACACUUCCCAGAAUGCAGUGGGACAGGGCUUUGGCAUCCUGCAGCUCUUCUCUGGACAAGCACAGGGAGAGGGCAGGUUGAGUCUGUUUCAUGGUACUCCUCGAGUGUUGCUUCAUCCAACACUGAGAAACCCAUUGCAAAUGAACACUGUGUUGUCAGCGAUAGAGGGAACUCAGCUGCUCUAUUCUCUCCAACCACACCCUUCCCUCAAUUCCAUCAUGCACCUCCUGCCACCCAAUAUCAUGGUCUCUGGCCACGAGCUCAUCCCCGGGGUCCUUCCUCCAACUGACAGCUCAGGAGACGCUCUUCAGAGACCUCGAUCGUUGCCGUCGUUCUCGUGUGUGCUGGAAAGGGUGUGUGUGUCCCUUGUUCCCUCCAUACAGGCCUUCGAGACGGACUUGCUGGAGAAGCUAAACAACGAACGCAACAACACGAGAAUGGGUGCAGCGAUGCGCUCGAUGGUGGUGCAGGAGCGAAGGCUGCACGUUGGUGUCCAUAAUGGCCUUGGCUGGGUGGAUGGACCUCAGGUGAUGGUGCUUGAGCCAAUGGCUGCCGCAAGCAGUGACCUCAAAAAGAGUUCUACUGAGAAGCAAAGCUCCGUCAUGAUGCUCCGUGGUAAAGUGGAGCUGCGAAUGAUAAAGCACCCAGCCUUCAGCCUUCUCUUCCAGCUGGAGUACGUCUUCUCCGUUCCCCUCGCUGGAGACGGAAAGAUGCCCUCGGCAGCCGUGCAGAGGGUGGUUUUUAUGCAGUGUGUGCGCUGGGGUGUCUGGAGUCCUUUCUCUGAUCCUGAAGGCCCAUAUGAAAGCGUAUGUGUUAACCUGCAGGGUGGUGCCUUACCCAACCCCUAUGGAGUUCUGGUUUACACAGCACACACACAGCAGGCGGAUACAGAAAAAAGUGUUAUCAAAUUCAAGUUUACAAACAACACUGAAAGCGCCACGUCCGCUGCGACGUCAAAAUCGGUCUCCCAGGAAAAGCUUCAUUCUAAGAAGUGGAACAUGACAUCCCAAGAUGAAAGCAGGCUUGGACUUGAAGCUUCGCCGCCGCACGCCGCAUGUGGUCCCGCACUCACGCUCUCUCAGCUGGCUGUGGAUUCGCACUACCCGACUCAGAACCGCACGGCAGGGUCGCCAUGGCAACAGCAGCUUCCCGCUCCGCUUGCUCUCUCCCCGUUGGCGCCGGCCCACCAGCUGUCACACGUCGUAAAUCCUGCUGUAGGCAUAGCACACCUAGAAGUCAGUGCGAUGGAGAGAGAGAGAAUGAGGGAUGCCCCAGAGGAAGAGUGUGAUCUGCAUGAACUGACCUUCACCCCUGUUCAUGCUCCAGUCAUUACACUAGGAACACACACAACCAGCUCUAGCAGGACGAGUUCUCGAGGAUUCCUCGCUCAUCUCUUCUCCUCCCGCUUCCCUGAAAUCCGUGACGACCUCAACCAAGUGGCUGAGCUUCUCGACCCUGAUGAGCCUGUGAACUUUGACCCCCACAGAGAAGAAGCAGAUCAACUGCAAGUCAACACACUCGUGCUUCAGUUUUUGGCUUAUUCCAGGGUCCAUCAGGCGGGUGUGAAUGCAGAAUGGCCUAGCAUGAUACAUUUCACCUUUCAGCUGUACCGCUUUCCGCCGGUCACCACACAGCGCCUCAAGCUUUUGGCAUCUGAGGCCGAUUCAAGACCCAAUUACCCCUGCAUUCUAUUUGUAACUAACAGGGACGGCAGCGUCGGACCGGGGCAGCCUGGGCUGCAGUUGCAGUACCGUGUCGAUCCUGCGUUCCUUAAACCUGGCGAGCGCGUAUGGUUUUUCCGCUACCUGGCACUCCAUACUCUGCACAUCGACGUGUGGGACAGUGACUCUCUACUGCUCAUCGGCUCAGCAGCAGUUCAGCUGAAGCAUCUGUUGCGUCAGGGUCGAGCUGCUGUGCAGGUGAUUCAUGAGCUGGAGGUCAUCAGCACUGAGUACCUGCAGGAUGCCAGUCUGGGAAGAGAGCAUGCAGGUGGACAGAGGGCCAUGUCUGCCAUGAGCGUCUACACCAUUGUCAAAGGCAGGCUGCAUAUCCGACUCGGCAAUGUCGGUGGCGUGGUGCAGAAAACCCCGAACUCAUCUGUUCUUCUCCCUCCGUCUCGCUCUCAUGUCAUUCAGCCCAGCCAGACUCCCACUGGCUUUCAAGGAGGCAGUCUGUCCUCGAACACCAUCCUCCACCUCAACGCACGGAAUGCGAGGCGGGCCCAGCGUUUGCCAGAUAUUGAUGGCGAGUUGGCAAGUCUCCUACAGAGUCGGCUCAGAGAAGUGGAUGGUGGCCGGCUACAGUGUGGAGGUGAGACAGAGGAAGUGCGACAAAGAAAGAUUGACAGGAUGGCAGCUGUUCGUCAGCACGAAGAAAACACCACAUCCAACACACACCAGAAAGCCAGCUAUAUGAGGAGAAAAGAGGAUCGGACUCAGCACUCUCAAGACCUGCGUUUGAUAGAGGCGUAUCGUGAGCGCUGCAAAGUGGAUGGUAUCAUUAACAUGCUGAGCCAAGCCAUCAUCACCACGCACACAAUCUACGCGAUGCUCGGCACCGCUGAAUUCUUCGAAUUUGUGCUUAAGAACCCUUUCAACAUUCCCCAGACGGUCACCAUUGAGUGCGAAGACACCGAGCUUAGUGUUAUAGUGAAUGCUGAGGAAUGGCGAUAUUUUAAAGACUUGACGAAGACGUACACUCCGUUGGAGGUGGAGAUGUUUCACAUGAAGGAGGACAGCUCGACACCUCAGGUGUACUUGCGGCCUAAAGAGAGUGUCCACAUCCCUCUGAAGUACCAAAGCUUUGUCUCUGGGCAUGCCCUGCUUUCUCAGGACUCAAAGACUUCUAACAGCCUGUAUUAUGCUCAUCAUCAGCAGUCGAACACAGUGAUGGCUAAAUCUAUCAAGGUGUUUUUCCGGGCAGCGGACAGUCAGCCGCUGGCCAUCUGCCAAGUGAGAGUGGAGCCGACUCCCCACAUAGUCGACCAGACCUUUCGCUUCUAUCAGCCUGAGCUCACCUUUUUUAAAAAAGCCAUCCGGCUGCCUCCUGCUGAACCCAACACACCAGAUACUUGUUCCAGGCUCCAGGUGCGUUGCAGCGACCCCAAUGUAAUCUGCAACAUCAUCGCCACGGAUCCAGGAGAACCUCAGGACAUUUAUCUGAAAGUGCCUGGGGCUCCCAGUCCACAGAUUAAGACAUUCGUCAUCACCGUGUUCAAUGAUCCCUGGUUGGCCUCUCCUGUUCAAACAUGGCAGGUGUACAUGCAUUACCUGCAGAAAAUGGACAUUAGCUGUGUGUGUGGUACACUCAGCUGGAACUCCCUUGUACUACGUGGCACACAGAGUAUCCGCAAAGUCAAGUGCUACACUUCCCACCCUCUGGAGCUACAGGUGGACCCAGACGAAGUGUUCGCCCUCCCUGCUCUGGGUGUGCAGGACAUUAGGCUUGGAGUGAAAGCUCUGCAUUCCGGGAGCUGCUUUCGGUACCUUAACGUAGUGGAUGUGGACACAAAGCAGCUGGUGGCAUCCUGGCUCCUGUGCCUCACUUGCAGGCAGCCUGUUAUAUCACGGGCCUUUGAGAUCCAAGUGCCUGUAGGGGGUGGACGAGGCAGCAAUAAGAAGAUUGGCUUUACCAAUCCAUAUCUUUCCAACAGAGGAUUCAGGCUGAGCUCGGACCAUCCAGACCUACUGCAGUUCAAAGAGGAAACGUUUCAGAUUGAGGGAGGUGCAAUCUACAACAUCGGGCUGCGUUUUGCUCCCAGUCAGAGCGCUGGUACAGAGGAGAUCCUCGUCUUCAUUAACGACCUGGAGGAUAAGAACGAGGAGACGUACUGCAUCAAAGUUGUCUACAGAUAAACCGGACAACCCAAAGCUGUGCUGCAUCCAACUCAUCAUCAACAUAACCUUCAUGAACUGAUUAUCUAUUUUGUAAUGAAAAUGCAGUUUUGAUACAAUUAUCAAACACCAUGUGUCUGAAUCAGUAUUCAACACAGGAUUUGUUUGUUUUUUUCUUACACAAAUUCAUGAGGGUCUUGGAUUGUAUCCUCAUUUUAUUUUAGCCUUAAUAAACAGUGAAAGCUGAAGCUAAAA